AUGCUUCUCAUCCUCCUCAAGAUCUUCCUUAUUUGGAAGAAGCUGCUGCUCUCCUAUGCCGGUGCAGCGACUCUUAUGUAUCACAGGGCUUUGGGCCGUACGGCUAUUGGGCCUACGAACGGCUCUUUGACCAUCACGGACAACAGAACCCGUCGAUCAUAUCAGAUUCCUAUUGUACGCAACUCGGUGCGCGCAACAGAUUUCCGACAGAUCACUGCUGCCCAGCGGGGAGCUGAUGUAGUUGACCAAGUCGAAAACGGCCUUUUGGUUGUCGACAAGGGAUACCUGAACACCGCUUGCAUGGAAUCUUCUAUCACUCUUAUUGAUGGCAAACGUGGUUAUAUCCAGUACCGUGACACUUCGAUUGACGAACUAUUCAGACAGAAUGACUACGAAGAGGUUAUUCACCUUCUGAUCUUCGGAAACCUGCCCACCCCUCAAGAGAAGAAGGCCUUCCGCCGAAGCUUGGCUGCUGAAAUGAAACCUCACCAAACUGUCGUUGAUGUGAUUCGUGCCUUCCCUCGCGAGGCGUUGUCAUACACCAUGGUACUUGCCGGUCUUUCUGCUUACGCUUCUCUGGAUGAGGGUACCCGCACUACCCAUGAGAAGGGCGAACCUGCCUUUUUGGGCAAGCCUGAAGCCGUUGAUAAAGCUGUGGUCCGAAGUCUCUCGAUGUUGGCAACCGUCAUCGCUCUGGUAUACUGCCACAAGCGAGGCCGAGAAUUCACUCCUGCACGACUGGACGAGUCCUACAUUGGCAACAUUCUGCUCAUGAUGGGCAUCGUUGAGCCAGGAACCAAGACACCGAACAAGAAGAUUGAAAACUGCUUCCAGCGUCUCUGGGUUCUUUACGCAGACCACGAGAUGACCAACUCCACCGCCGCCUUUCUGCACGCCGCCUCAACUUUGACCGACCCUGUCUCUUGCUGCGUUACCGGCAUUGUCUCGGCAUAUGGCCCCUUACAUGGUGGAGCCAUUGAUCUAGCUUACCAUGAGUUUAAGAGACUAGGCUCACCCGAGAACGUGCCAAGCCUGAUUGAUUCCGUUAAGGCCAAGAAGCAACGUCUGUUUGGUUACGGACACCGCAUCUACAAGGUGGUUGACCCCAGAACCAAGUUCAUUCGGGAGAUGAUGGAGGAAUUCAAGGAGGAUGUGCAGGGAAACCCACUUCUUCGAGUCGCCAUGGAGAUUGAUCGUGUUGCUGGAGAGGACCCCUACUUCACCUCGCGCAACCUCAAGGCAAACGCUGACCUUUACGGUUGCUUCCUCUACACUGCCAUGGGGUUUGAAACCGACAUUAUUCUUGCCUUGACUAGUCUGUCUCGCACAGCUGGUGUUCUUGCACACUGGAAGGAAGCUAUGGGCCAAACUCCUGGUCUGUGGCGUCCUCAGCAGAUCUACACUGGAAACGUUACGAAUUAG